AACGGGAAGACCAGCCUGGUGGCGUGGUCCCCCACGCAUUAGCUGUGAGCGCAAAAUACUCCUCCGUAUUGCGAGUGCCCCCACGCAUUAAUGACCGUGUUGAUUAAGAUCUGAGCUGCAAGAAAUAAAACAGAAAGAAAGUCUACAACCCUCCCUGCCAAGAUCCAAAAUCGAUCGGUGCUUCAAUAUAUACCCGCACCCACGCGCGGACACAAGUAAGAACUACUUCCAUCCACACUACAUCAUACCCACAAAUUAGCUGAUUCAGUUGUUAACAGUCUUUGGGAGCUCAACGCGAGCAUGGAUCUGGUCACGGGGGCGAUGGGCAGCCUCGCCUCCAAGCUGCUCCAGCUGCUCCAAGAUGAGUACAAGCUGCAGAAGGACGUCAAGGAGGAAGUUGAAUCUCUCUUAGAGGAGCUUGAGAGCAUCCAUGCCGUCCUCCGCAAGGUGGCGGAAGUGCCGUGGGACCAGCUCGACAAGCAUGUUAAGGACUGGGCACGACUGGCCAGGGAGGCAUCCUACGACAUGGAGGAUGACCUCGACACCAUCCUUGUGCGCGUCGAGGGUCGUGAGCCCGCUGACCUAAGCAAGCUGAAACGAGCCAUGAAAAAGAUGAUCAACCUGUUCAGCAAGGGCAAGGCUCGCCACGACAUUGCCGACACAAUCGAACACAUCAAGAAGCAACUCCAGAAGGUGGCCGAGAGGCAUGCCAGGUACAAAGUUGAUGAGAUUGUGGUGACGGGGGUGAUGGGCAGCCUCGCCCCUAAGCAGCUCCAGCAACUCCAAGAUGAGUACAAGCUGCAGAAGGGCGUCAAGGCGCAAGUCAAGUCUCUCUUAGAGGAGCUGGAGAGAAUCCAUGCCACCCUCCGCAAGGUGUCGGAAGUGCCGUCGGACCAGCUUGACGAGCUGGUCAAGGUCUGGGCACGAGAGGCCAGGGAGGCGUCCUACGACAUGGAGGAUGUCCUCGACACCUUCCUCAUGCGCGUCGAGGGCCGUGAGCCCACUGACCCGAGCAAGCUGAAACGAGCCAUGAAGAAGAUGGGCAACCUGUUCAGCAAGAGCAAGGCUAGCCAUGAAAUGGCUGGCGCCAUCGAAGACAUCAUGAAGAAACUACAGGAGGUGGCCGAGCGGUGUGCUCAGUACAAAGUCGAUGAGAUUGUGGCCAAGACUGCCGCAACAAUAUCGACUAUUGAUCCUCGCCUUGAGGCUAUGUACAAAGAAGCUACACAGCUCGUUGGGAUCGACAAGUCAAGGGGCCAGAUCAUAUCCAUGCUGGACGAUGUGUCCAACAAGAAGAUCAUGAAGAUGGUUUCCAUUGUUGGAGUUGGAGGAUUGGGCAAGACCACUCUUGCCAAAGCAUCAUAUGACAAGCUUAAGUCACACUACGAUUGCGGGGCUUUUGUUUCGGUUGGAAAGGAUCCUGACUUGGUGAAAGUUUUCAAGAACAUUCUCUUUGCUCUUGACAAACACAAGUACGAGAACAUCCAUAACACAGGAAGAGGUAUAGAUCUGCUCAUCCGCGAACUCCAAGAAUUCCUCGAGGACAAAAGGUAUUUCAUUGUUAUUGAUGAUAUACGGGAGCCAAAGUCUUGGGAAACAAUCAAAUUGGCUCUAGUUGAGAAUAACCGCGGAAGUAGAAUAAUCACAACUACUCGUAAUUUUAAAGUUGCCAUAGAAGCCGGUGAGGUUUACAAGCUACAACCACUUUCAUAUGGUAACUCCAAAAAGUUAUUCUAUACAAGGAUAUUUAGAGAAGAAAAAAGUCAUGAUAACCAACCGGAUGAGGUAUGUGAUAAAAUUAUAGAGAAAUGUGAUGGUAUACCAUUAGCUAUCAUCACUAUGGCUAGUUUGUUGGUGGGAAAAUCAAAGGAAGAAUGGUCCGAGCUCUAUAGUGCUAUUGGUUUUGGAGAUAAAAAUAGCAAGCAUGUAGAAAAUACUAUGAGGAUAUUGUCUUUUAGCUACUAUGAUUUACCUUCACAUCUGAGGACAUGCUUACUGUAUCUAAGUGCAUAUCCAGAAGAUUUCAUUAUUAAGAAAGAUUCUUUGAUAUGGAAGUGGAUAGCUGAAGGUUUUGUCCAUGAGAGAGAAGGAAGACGGUUAUUUGAGGUUGGAGAAGGAUACUUCAAUGAUCUGAUAAAUAGAAGCAUGAUCCAAACGGUGGAGAUUGAUUGGAAUGGCAUAGUAUAUGGUUGCCGUGUUCAUGAUAUGGUUCUUCAUUUCAUCCGUAUCCUGUCACAUGAAGUAAACUUUGUUGCUAUAUUAGAUGAUGUUGAAGGCACAAUAUUAAAAAGCAAUGCACGUAGGUUAGCCUACCAAAAUGGUAUCGUAAAGCACAUUACUCUUCAGGCCAACCAAAAUGGUAUCGUUAAGCACAUUACUCAUCAGGCCAACGAUAUGGCCAUACCAAAAUUGAGGUCACUUAAUUCCAUUGGGUGUCCUAAGGACACGAUACCUCCACUUUCCAGCUUUAGUGUUUUGCGUGUACUGGCUUUAGAAAAUUUUGGAUCUAUGAGAGGUUACAAUCUUGAGCAUCUUGGAAAAUUACUUCAUCUGAGGUUUCUCGGGCUAAGAAAUUCAUUUGUUCGUAAGCUCCCAGAAGAAAUAGGGAAUCUAAAGUAUUUGCAGACACUGGAAUUGGAGGGAAGUGGCAUGGAAGAACUACCGGCGAGCAUGGGUCUGCUUACACAGUUGAAGUGCCUGAAUGCUGACUGGAAGACGAGAGUGCCCGAUUGGAUUGGGAAGCUCACGUCCCUGGAACAGUUGGUGAUGUACCCUGGUGGUGGCGACGAUGAGUACUCCGCAAGGUGGUUUGUGAAGGAGCUGGGAAACCUGACAGAGCUAAGGGUGCUACGUUUUGUAAUAAAAGUACAAGACGAGGGGCAGAUGAGAGAUUUGCUGGAGUCUCUAUCCAAUCUGCGCAAGAUCGAGGUUAUACAUUUUGAUUACCAUGGUGUGCAGUUAAAUAGCGGUAUUGUGUUGGAACCUGCAGGCUUCGUCCUUUCUCGACAUCUUCGUUCCUUGGAACUGCGCUGGUUAGAAUUCUCAAGGCUGCCAGCGUGGAUUAGUCCUCAAUAUCUUCCCAACCUCUGCCGCUUAUGGCUCAUGGUGUUUGAUAUGGAAGAGCAGGAUCUGGAAAUCCUUGGGAGAUUCCCAUGCCUCCGCUCUCUCGACAUGGUGAUUGUGAACUCUAGACAAGGAGAGAUUAUUACUUCUGGCGGUGGUGCAUUCCGGGAUUUGAAAUUCUGCAGUAUCACUAAGCCGCUGAAGUUUGUACAGGGAACUAUGCCAAGGCUUCAAGUCCUUGAUUUUCAUUUCAAUGUGCGGCUCCUAAGGGAUGCCAACCACGAUUUCAAUUUUGACUUCGGCUUGGGAAACCUCCCUUCGAUUCAGCAAGUCAUCGUUCAAAGCAACUGUCUGGCUGCCUUUCCUGAGGAGGUGAAGAAAGCGGAGGAUGCCCUUAGCGACGCAAUCGAGCGUCAUCCUAACCAUCCCACCCUUGAAAUCAGCUUAUUUGGGCAAGGAAUGAAGGCAAUGGAUGCAGAUCUGAGGACCAUGACUCGAAAAUAGAAGAGACAGACGACGAUGGGCCGGACAAGAUAUCAAAUUCUGCCAAAGAAAAAGGGGCGGAGGUAUCACCGACGGAGAAGGGGAGCACACUUGUUAAAUUACUCAACUGAUUCAAUCAUAAAAAUCUGCCGGCCUCGA